AUUCCAGUGACUGUACCGCAGAGGCCAAGGGCGAUGCCACGUCUGUGGAUGCUGCACCAAGUGCACUACCAGACAAAGGUGCUGUAGCAAGUGAAGCCAGCCAACAGCCAAGUGGUGUUAACAGCACAAUACAUUCUUGCCCACAUUGCCCCUAUGUUGCGUGGAGUUCACACUUGACAACAGACUUGCGGAUCCAUACUGGAUAGAAGCCAUUCAAUGCGACGUCUGUUCAAGCUGCUUUACCAUGAAGCCAAACCUGUUGAGGCCCAUGGAGUCUCAAGUGAACGAGAAGCCGCUUGAGUGCCCCACCUGCAACUGACCAGUCGAUGGCAAACGGGACCGUCACAGUCACUCCUCCAUGUACCUGGAUAUUCAACCUCACCUGUGUCUCAUAUGCUUCGGUCCUUGAGACCGAAGAGCAGUCUAGAGGCUCGCGUGCUUGAUGUGCUCCAACUUAAAGGGGUACUGAUACUAUAUUUCCGAGUCUUCUUUCCUUGCUAUGAAGGUACGGAACCUCUAAUCACAAGAAAAGAUACUGUCAGGCCUCACGACGCCCUAAAUAAUGUAAUGUAAUAGCUUGUCUGCAGCCAGUAUUGGUUUCAUUUCUGCUGUGUUGUGACGUCAUGAUGCAGUAUGUGGUCAUGUGAUACAAGACAUUUUAAUGUUUUGACACUCGCUUUGGCUCGCUCAGUCAUCCGCCAUGCUGCUACACCGCCUUCCAGAUCGGCAUAGGUCGUAAAAUACAUGUUUGAAAUGGUUCUUUUCCGGAGUACAAAAAAAGUUGGUCAUCCCAUUAUCACUGUCACUUUCAUACUAUCAUCGCCUCUGCUGUCAUGAACUUGCUGUUGUCAUCACACACAUGCUGGUGUCACAUGCACAAUUGCUGGCUUUGCACGAACACUUUGGUCCACAAGGCAACGCUCUGCAGAACCACAAACCAUAUUGGUUAGCCAGGCGCCUUCAAAAUGCUUCAGUGCAAUGGCCUCUCAGCAAUUUCUGGUUACCUCUAUUCUGCGACACCUGGCUCCAUACUAAGACUGCCCGUCAUUGUCUCCAGCCGAUCAUUAUCCCUGGAAAUCGUCGAUGAUGUGCUCGGUAGCCCUUUCUCAGCUCCAGCAUCAAGCUUGCCAAAUGAAACAGAGCCAGCAAACAUGGCUGAAGUAGUAUCUGGGGAAACUCCGAUCGAGACCGUCGAUGUCCUUUCAGGGGAGGUUGCCGGCGCUGAAUUGGUGGGCCGGAGGACUGCCAGCUGCCAGUACUGUCCUUACGUGGCCAAGUACAGGAGCAAGCUGGCAUUCCACCAGCGGACACACUCGAAUGAGCGGCCUUUUCUGUGCGAGGUGUGUGGGCGGGGGUUCAAGCGCAAGGAGCACGUCGAGUACCACCGGCGCAUCCACACGGGCGAGAAGCGGUACAAGUGCAGCGUCUGCUCGUACGCCUGCGUACAGAAACAGUCCCUGAAAUCCCACAUGCGUCUCCACACGGGCGAGAAGCCGUUUCAGUGCGCCCACUGCUCAAAGGCCUUCACCUACAGAAAGCAGCUCCAUCGCCAUACAAUACAGCACAAAGACCUCGCAUAAUCUCGAGGCUUGUGACGCUCCUGCCCAACUGAACUUUCUCAAAGCACCGCAUGUGUAAUGUGGGACUUGUGAGUUCGGCUCCCACCUGACAGAAAAUCCUUUUCAAUAAAAAAUAAGUCAA